ACAACAAUCCUCUCUCCCUCAGGAAGUGGUGGCUGAACAACUUUUUCCAGCAAUUGUUUGUUUGAACUGCUUGGUUUCCUAUUCAACCUAAGUGAAACAACACACCGACCGCCCUUUGAGGUUACUGAGCAGGGGCUUCUGCGCUGCAUCCGCAGUUUUUCGAUAUGGAUAGUUUCUUGUUUUAUGUUUUGUUGGCAUCUGUCGGAACUACUGCACAUGCUGGAUUUGUGGUAGCACCAUUCAAGGACAUCAUCAAGAAGCGAAGCACCAGUGAUGUGAUCCUCAAUGGCAUAGAGAUCUACAGCAUAAACAUUGACAGCAAAGUGACAUCUCGAUUUGUCCACACUGUCAUCACCAGUAGAGCUGUCAAUCGUGCUAAUGUGUCUAAAGAAGUGGUUUUCGAUGUGGAGCUCCCAAAGACAGCCUUCAUUACCAAUUUUAGCAUGACAAUUGAUGGCAUCGCCUAUCUGGGAAAUAUAAAAGAAAAAGAAACUGCCAAAAAGCAGUAUGAGAAGGCAGUUUCACGGGGACAUACUGCAGGUCUAGUCAAGGCCUCCGGGAGAAAAACCGAAAAGUUCACUGUGUCAGUCAACGUUGCAGCAGCCAGCAAAGUCACUUUUGAGCUCACCUAUGAGGAGCUCUUGAAGCGGCACUUGGGAAAAUAUGAGGUGCUGAUUAAAGUAAAACCGAAGCAGCUUGUCAAACACUUUCAGAUUGAGGUGAACAUCUUUGAGCCACAAGGUAUCAGUGAGUUAGAAGCAUUUGGAUCAUUUAUCAACAAUGACUUGAUCCAGGCGAUCGAAAAAUCUUUCUCUGGAAAAAAGGGCCAUGUGUCUUUCAAGCCAACCAUUGAUCAACAGCAAACAUGCAAGAACUGCUCAACAUCUUUCUUGGAUGGAGAUUUUACUAUAAAAUAUGAUGUGAAAAGGGACUCCCCAGGCAAUUUACAGAUUAUCAAUGGAUACUUUGUGCAUUUUUUUGCACCUGCGAAUCUCCCCAGAGUGCCCAAGAAUGUGAUUUUUGUCAUAGACAUUAGUUCCUCAAUGAUGGGUCGAAAAUUAGAACAGACAAAGAAAGCGCUCCUCAAAAUAUUAGAUGAUGUCAAAGAGAAUGACCACUUCAACUUUAUCAUGUUUGAUAGUAUGAUAACUCCCUGGAAGGAACAAUUAGUCAAAGCUACCUUAGAUAAUCUGAAGGAAGCACAGGCGUUUGUAAAGUCUAUACGAACCAGAGGAUCUACAAACAUAAAUGAUGCUUUAAUAAGAACAGUUGAAAUGAUGAAUGAAGCUCACCAGGGCAAGCUUUUGCCUGAGAGAAGCUCCUCUACAGUUAUAAUGCUGACUGAUGGGAAUCCCACUAGCGGAGAAAUUAAUCCUAGAAAAAUUCAAGACAAUGUGAAAAAUGCCAUUCAAGGAAGAUUCUCCUUAUAUAACCUCGCCUUUGGCUACGAUAUGGAUUAUAAUUUUUUAGAGAAGAUGGCACUGGAAAACAAUGGAUUGGCGCGCCGUAUUUAUGAGGAUUCCGAUUCAGCUUUGCAGUUACAGAGUUUUUAUGAAGAAGUGGCCAAUCCCAUGCUUCUAGAAGUACAACUGCAUUACCCUACCAAUGCAAUAUCUGAAUUAACUCAGAACAAUUUCAAUCAUUACUAUGAUGGUUCUGAAAUCGUGGUGGCUGGAUGUGUUAUAGACAAUGAACUGGACUCCUUUAUGGCUGAUGUGAAAGCUCAAGGCGCAAACAAUGAUGUGACAUUUACUGAACAAAUAGAUAUUGAAGAAAAAGCUCAAGCUCUCCAAGAACAGGAGUACAUAUUUGGGGAUUACAUUGAGAGGCUCUGGGCCUAUCUUACCAUUCAACAAUUGCUGGAAAAACGCAUUUCAGCUGAAGAAGAAAAACGAGAGAAUCUUACAGCAGAAGCCCUAAAGCUCUCUCUGAAAUAUAAAUUUGUGACGCCACUCACGUCCAUGGUGGUAACAAAACCAGAGGAUAAUGAAGAUAAGGAAGCAAUCGCUGAUAAACCAGCAGAAGGCAAAGCAGAAGAUACUUCUUUUCUGUCUAGAUACAGAGUUCAUUCAAGGGCACACUCUGUUGAUGGAGAUCCGCAUUUCCUUAUAGAAGUGCCAGAGAAAAAAGACCAUCUUUGCUUCAAUAUCAAUUUAGAUCCAGGUGUGGUGUUAAACCUAGUAAAUGACCCUGAUACAGGCAUCACCAUUAAUGGACAGCUUACUGGAAAAAAGAAAGUCAGCCACAAUGCACAGACCCAGAAAACAUAUAUUGGAGCACUUGGGAUUGUAAAUACACAGCUGGCUUUAAAAAUGGAAAUAACGACUGAAACAAUCACCCUCCAGAAUGGCAGAAAGACAAUCGCUUUCACUUGGCUUGAAACAGUCUCCCUACGCCAAGCAGGUUGGACUAUGAAGAUAAACAGGAAAAAGAAUCUAGUGCUUUCAUUUGGAGGUGGUGCAACUUUUAUUGUUGUUUUGCAUCAGGUGUGGAAGAAACAUCCUAUACAUCACGACUUCCUAGGAUUGUACACACUGGAUACUCACAAGGUGUCUGAACACACCCACGGACUAUUAGGACAGUUUUUCCAGCACAUUGAUUUUGAAGUUUUUGACAUCCACCCUGGAUCAGACUCUGAGAAACCACAUGCCACAAUGAUUGUCAAAAACAAUAGACUGUCAGUAACGAGGGUCAGUGAGAAAGAUUACAGAAAAGAUCCCAGCCAUGGAGCAAUCACCCCCUGCUGGUUUAUUCAUAACAAUGGAACAGGAUUGAUUGAUGGAGCUCACACCGACUAUAUUGUUUCCGACCUAUUUAGCACACCACUUACAAACUAAGCACCAAACUUACACGUGCAGUCUCAUACUUUAAAUAAAAUGCUUCUUAAUAGCUAAGAAAGUCAGCUGUAAGAAAACAAUACAGAGAAAGAAAGUUGCUUUUACUCAUUUUUAAAUGAAGCUGAUCUCUGCGGUUUUUAUAGUUUGAUUAGCAAAUGGCAUGUCUCAGUACCCUGUCAUGGUAUUUUGCCCCCAUCCCUAACCCACAUUUAGAGCUUGCUUGUAUAGGGAAAUUGACUGGACAAGCUAUUGCAGAAUAAGCUAUUCUGCCAUAACUAUCUCUUAAAGUCCUGGUCUACACUAGCACCUUAGUCCGAAAUUAGCCCCCCAAGGUUGAAUUUAUAAGCGAUGCAUCCACACUACCAAGCCUGUUAUUCCAGAAUAAGGGGCCGUGGAAUUCAAACUCUAUACUUCUGCUUUUUAACACUAUUCCCGAACUUGUGGGUCUGAAAUAACGUUAGUGUGGACACUCUGGUGUCACUAAUUCAAACUAAUUGGCCUCCUGCAGCUUCCCAGGGUGCUUUGUGGGGCUCUAAGUCCGAAAUAGCAUGUCCACAUUUAUGGAACCUGCCUCGGACUACAUUCAGUUCUUCCCCAUAGUGAGGACACCGAACUUCGAAUUUGUAUCGGGUGUCCAGAAGUCGAACUCGGUAAAUUUGAAAUAAUCUCACAGUGUAGACCCAGUGUGCGAACAUUAUUCCAGAAUAAGAGUCAGUGUAUUUUAGAAGAAUGGGAGUGCACUAAUGAAGUUGAAAUAAAGUGACUUUUAUUCCAGAAUAGUGUGUGCAUACAGGGAGUUAUUUUGAUCAAUUUCUAUGUGGAGACAAACCCAUAUAUUGGAUGAGAAGAAGGAAAGAGAGAAAAAAAAACAAUAACCAAACACAAAAACUAGUGACAAAAGGAAGACAUAAGAAGUAUUGUCAUUCAAUGCAUGCUCAAUGCUAUUAUUAAUUGUUUUAUAUUUCAUGCUAAACUCCUUGAAAGGAACAGAAAGAUUGUCAUUAACUUCAACAGGCUUUGGCCCAGACCUUUACAUGCUACAGUAACAGAAAAGCCUUCAAUGCAUGACUCUGCUUCCCAAAAGACCCUCAAAUUACAAGUGCACUGGGAGGUUUGAUCUUUUUCUGCAUUUCCAUUUUCAAUUCCAUUAUUAUGCAAGACUGAAAUGUGGGUGCACGGAAAAAUUCUACUCUAAUACCCUUUGCACUUCAAAUGAAGCCAUAACAGAAUUCCAGGUGAAUCCUGUAUCUGUGUGCAAAUUUGGCCUAAAUAAUAUAGAUUGCAACAUGAACAAAACAGAUACCUUAGUAUCUGUCAUGUCUUAAGUACUUCAAAAGACUAUAAAGUAUUCUGAUUGGAUCUAGUGGUUUGUGUUUCCUUAUUUCUGAGACUCUCUAAGGCUGUGUCCAGACUCUGGUUUUUUUUCGAAAAAUGUAGCCUUUUUUCAAAAAAACUUCACCUGC